ACAAGGACGUGAAACUAGAAAAAUGACGGCAGGCUCGAACAUCAGCUUCGACACUUGCAGUAUUUGUACUGAACAGUUUAAACUUCCAAAACUUCUGCCAUGUUUCCACACGUUCUGUCUGGGAUGUCUACAGCAGUUUGUGUUAUCAUCAUCCAAGGACGGUCAGUUCCUAUGUCCUCUGUGUCGGUAUCAAGUGACCUUACCCGAGGAGGGAGUGACGGGCUUUCAGACUAACUUCUAUAUUGAGGCCAGGGCGGAGAAGCAAGUCCACAGUGGGGGUGAGUGUUGUGGGGUGUGUGAACAGCGUGCGACUCACUCGUGUCGUGAGUGUGAAAUACUGCUGUGUGAUACGUGCACAAAAUGUCACCAAUCUCUCCCUGCUACGAGAUCCCAUCUGUUAGUAAAUCUGGGUGAUUCCUGUACAGGGCAAACAUUUUUGUCAAUACAGAAAUAUUGUGAAAAACACAACGAUGAAAAACUGAGAUUUUACUGUAUGCCCUGUAGUAAAGUGAUCUGUCGAGAUUGUAAACUAACAGACCAUGACAGUCAUAAGACCAAAGACAUCGCCGAUGUUGUCGAAGAAGCCAGAACCAGCUUGACCAAAACGAAAGUAGAAUUAGAAGCGUGUAAAGCAAAACUAGAAAAAUUUAUUGGCCAAAUAAAUGAGAACAAUACUGAAACGUCUAAACGUAUUAGUCAUGUUAAAGAAGAAAUAAACAAACUUGCUGAUUCACUGGGUGACAUGAUAAACAAUGCUCGUCGUGAAGAGAUAGACAGAGUGACAGCCAUACAGCAAACACACGGAAAGAAAUGUUCAGAUGAACAGUAUAGAUUAACACAAAGAAAAUGUUUUCUCCAGAGUCAGAUUGAUCACACGGACGCCAUGUUAAAAGAGGGACUUGACUGUGAUGUGUUGACAGCUGACAGCGAGAUGAAACAACGACUAGCAGAGAUAGAGAAAGAACAACAGUCUGACUCAGGUUUUUAUUCUAAAUCUUUAAAGAUUUCUGACAUUCCGCUAAUAACUCCAGGUGUGCUGGAUGUUGUCAGACAUGCUGUCUGUAAUGUCACGCGGGAAGCGUUCCCAGUUACACGUAAAACUAUGUCACUAAACGUGAUGAAAUCAUUGUGUGUUACUCAAUCAUAUGAGCCCGUGUAUUCAAUUACUUUCACGAACACAUCAAAUGCACUUAUUUCAUAUGAUAAAGAAGGUAGUAGUUUUCUUGGUCUUUUUGAAAAGAGUUCCCCAAAACCAACAUGGGAAAUUAGAAUUGAUCUUAAUGAGUUCAGAAAUGAAGGAGUUCAUGGUGUGAUAGAGAAACAUAACAAAGAGAACCCAGAUAACAAAAUACCUGCAGCUGAUUACACAGACCUGAAGAAACCAUUUCCGUACAAGGACACCAAUGGCAAUGGUGACACGUGCUGGGUUAUCAAGGAGCACAACUGGGUUGGUGUUCAAACUGUCAGCGGAGAUGUCCGAACACUGACCUUCAACCCAUUUGCUGAACCCGGACAAGAGUUCAAACCUGUAGAUGUGUGCUGGGGAAACAAUAAUGAAAUCUAUAUAGCGGACCAUGAUGCAAAUAUGAUUAUUGUGUACAGUCUUCAACAUGGAUUUCAGAAGUCACUCACACCACAUUUCUAUAAUAGAUCUCCUACAGCUGUAGUUAUGAGCACAGGCAGGACACUAUAUUUUGGUGAUUUAAAUGGAAGGGUUCAUCUUUGCCAUAAAAGUCUGAUAGUUAAUUAAUAUAAAGUGUUGUUUGACUUUCCAAAGAAACCCUUAGAGACACGACACCAGGUUAUAACCCACGUAUUCUACAGACGUGGCGAAUGGACAUCUGAUUUUCAACAACCACAACGGAAGUGUGAUAUUGUAACAGUUAAUACAGUUUAAAUUAAACCAUGUGAGAGUCACGUGACUGCUAAACGUCAAUACGUCAGGGUAAUGAACAAAAUAUCUUGACAAUAUUGGCAAUAUUUCCAGACAAAUAUCAGAGGACGAGUUUGUUUGCAGUAGAAAAAAAAGACACAAAGAAACAAAUAUUAAUAUGAUUUCACAGAACAAAUAUAUAGAGGAUAUUUCAUGUUUUGUUUUUCGAAUACGACAUUUUUUGUCAGCUCGUAAUGUGCGAAGCAAUGAAUGAAUAUAUAGUUUUCACACAUCAAGAGGUGACAUAAAAAUCGUAUUCGAAAAACAAAAACCUACCAUGAAAUAAUAUAUAUUUUAUUGUAUACAUCUUUCCUAAAAUAAAAUAAAAAUUCCCUAUAUGUUAAAUAUAUUUCGCUUUUUAUUAAUACAUGUCGCUUAUUCUAUCGAACACUGUAACGCCAUGAUAUAUAUAUUUGUUCCAGUGGAACUUUUGCAGCAAAACUUACAUGACUAUGGACAUUUUAAAAGAAAUAUGAAUAAAAGUUGUCGUUAUUUAAUUAUUAAUUAAUAAUUAUUAUUUAAUAAUAAUACUGUGAAAACAUACAUAACAAAGCGAUUGUCCA